ACAAAUAAAUACACAUCAAAUGAAAAAUAAUAAUUACAAGCCGGCUAAACCGUAAGGUUUACAAUAUUAUUUACUGUUUUUUUUGUGAAAUAUGUAAAUCAUUGCAUCCAGAAUAAUGGCGUUGCAAGAAUACAAGCAUUAUUUUCCAAUAGAUAGCAUACAAAAAGUAUGUGAUCUGUUUGAAGAACAACUACGCAGUGAGAAAGAAGCAGAUUUAGCGCUGUUUUCUAUUAUUGUCGGAGCGGUUGAAAAUAAUUUAACCAAUGUCAAAAACAGCGACAAAGAAAUGAAUUUGGCGGCAAACAAAGUCGUUAAAAUGAAGUUUCCGUCUGUUGAAUAUGAAGAAGUAAAAUCACUACAUGAACGGUUUGUGUCACUGAUGCGUGGAGGCGUCGAUGUAAAACUGCUAAAUGGAGCUUACACUACAAGAGACUUGGUUAAACGAGUUGCCGAUGUGGUUUGGAAUUCUUUGACUCGCAGUUACUAUAAAGACCGAGCACAUUUGCAGUCUAUAUACAGCUUUUUAACAGGAAAUAAAUUAGACUGCUUUGGUGUUGCAUUUGCAGUAACAGCAGGCUGUCAAGUUCUUGGUAAACAGGAUGUCCACUUAGCUUUAUCUGAGGAUCAUGCUUGGGUUGUAUUUGGGAAAGAUGGCACAGAAACAGCUGAGGUAACUUGGCAUGGCAAAGGCAAUGAAGACAAACGGGGAAGAUCAGUGGGAGAUGGUGUAUCUGCUCGAUCAUGGUUGUAUGUGGCUGGUAAACCUGUAAUAUGUACCAGAGUAAUGGAACUUGCUGCUCUUGUCUCUUCAAUCAACCCUACAUUAACCCAAACUACUGAUGUCCAUGAAAUUGCUCAAAUGCAGCACAGACUUCUGUGGUUACUUUAUGACAAUGGUCACUUGGAUGCCUACCCAAUGGCUUUGGGCAAUCUUGGAGAUUUAGAUGAAUACAUGAGAAUAACUAACUGUUCUGCAGAAUCUGAUGAAUUGCCUCUACAUAAUGAAUUGGAAAAUUUGCGCCCAGAUGGCACUCCUAGACCGGACCCACCUGCACUUUAUGCCCAAGCUAUUAGAUCAGCAAGAACAAAUUAUGAUGAUCGCCAUGUAUAUCCAUACACAUUCCAAGGGGGGCAUUACCAUCGCAACAAGAUGUAUAAAGAAGCUUUUCAUGCAUGGGCCUGUGCUGGUGAUGUUAUUCGACACUACAAUUAUUCCCGUGAUGAUGAAGAGAUAUACAAGGAGUUUUCUGAAAUAGCAAAUGAACUGAUACCUCAAUUAAUGAAAGCUGAGAGUUCUGGGCACUCUGCUAGAUCAAUAUUGAAGGACCCAGAGUGCUUUGCUUCGUUGCUCCGGUUUUACGAUGGCAUCUGCAAAUGGGAGGAAGGUAGUCAAACACCAAUUCUUCAUAUUGGUUGGGCUAAACCUUUGGUGAGCACAAUAUCAAAAUUUGAUGCAGAAGUAAGAGCCCAAGUUCACAUUAUAUGCAAAACCGAUACUGACGAACAUACAGAGUCAACAAAAGGGACAGAAAAUGUUGAAAAAGAUAAAAGGGACAAUGAUAAAUGGAACAACAAUGCAGAUAAUGCAGAGAUGUCUGUGCGUGAACAGCUAACAGCCGCUGUAAACAGUCGGCCGCGAGUUACUCUGUACAGCCAUAAGAUGGCGGCACUGCGACCUUUACUUUUAGCGGAACGUUUAAAUACUCAUGCACUGCAGUUGCAGUUAACAGCACAAAGUCAACUCCAACGGCCUCAGGCGCCGACUAAGAAAAGAGAUGUGGAUGACGCUAACGCCUCUUUACCCACAGCACGCGCCAAACGAGCUCGGCGUGAACGUUGAAGGUAAUAUUUUGGAUUAGGAACCAAAUACGCUUCUCUUUUAGACUGGUACCAAUGUACCUAAAUGAGUGAUGUAUACAAAGUAUUUUAUGUAGUUUAUGUGUUUCUAUUAGAUCGUUAAUGUUGGUAUAUUUAUUAUUAUUCUGGGUGAUAUCAUGUAUUUUUAGAUUCAAGUUUAAGAGUGAGCAAAUCGCCCAAUAAAUAUGAAUGCAUUUAUUAAAAAUAUAACUUUGGAUCCUAUUGAUGUCUCAUCUGCAAAUUCAUAAAUGGGAUGGGAUUUAACAUUUUUUUUAAUGCCAUAUCUUGUAAUCAAUGAUUUAGGGUGCUGUUAUAAAGGAGAUUAAUCGUAUUAGCCUAUAAAAAAAAAUCGCGAAUGAUUAUGACUGUCAUCGAUUGUUAAUACCUUUAGACAUAUUAAAUUUUAUAAAAAGUUAAUUAGUCUUCAUAGGCUAUGAAAACCCCAAAUACGUAUUCUCAAGUCCAUAUAAACCUCUGUGAGUUCACUCUAACUUAAUAUUUUUAUUUCUAGUGAAGUCGACAUAAGUACAAAUCCCUCUAUAAAUUAAUAUAAUUUUUUGCGCACAUCAACAUACUAUGUUAGUUUUUGUAAAAUAUUUUUUGCAUUCACUAAUACCUCACCAACUAAAUAUGGAUCACUACAUUUAAAAAUUGUUAUGUGUUUCAUGGCUAAGCAUAUGACACUAACAAUUAUUAUUUAUUCCUAUAACAACUAAAGAGUAAGUUAGAACCGUCUCUGUGUGUCAUUGAUUCUUCAAUAGAUUAACUGUUUAGAAAAUUGCUUUUGAGAGCACUAAAUGUAGCAAACCGCAGGGGUCGCGGCCGCUUUACAUUUUUAAAUAAAUAGUUCUUGUUCAAACUAUAUAAAAUAAGUAGAUUUUUAAAAUAAGUGUAGGAAUGUACGUGAAGUAUCCUUACAAACUACAGCAUAUUGUAAUAGUCUCGUAAAAUUCUUAAUGAUGGUACUUAGAAUUAAAAAUCUUCUUAUAGGUACUACAAAAACUUAUAUAGAUCCUUCAAUUUUUAUGUUACCAGAAUGCAUUUUUCCUUGCACAGAUAUUUGUUAUGUAUAUAAAUGAAUAAUAAUAAUUUAACCAUUCGAUUUGUAGACGAAAAACAUGAAAAGUUUUAAAUAGAUAUGUCCUUAUAUGGAAACUACGUCAUAAUAUAAAUAAAGAUAAAUAUUUAGUUAAGUAUAUUUUUUUAAAUAAUAGGUCUUUACCUAUGAAAUUGCCGUUCUGCAGUACUGGCCAGUACAGGUAAAAACCUAUUAAUAAUGUAUGUUCAUUUAAUUGUUACUGUAAUUAGCUAAACUUCUAUGUAAUUUGCUAGCCACGAUCAAGUUUAUGUGAAUAAUAAGACAGUGUCAUUUUUUUGUAGUCAUUUACGUGUUGAUAUUUUAACAACAAAACUAUCUUAAAUUAAGGUUGUUCAUAGCAUAUUUAUAAAACUUUAAUGUAUACUCUACUACUCUAAGCAAUCAUUUGUGCGCAGUUCGCAAAAUAAGCCAUACGCCAUAUAAUAUACUUAUGCUGAAAUUGAUAAUGAUCGCCAAGAUUUUUUUUUAUGUAAUAGGUCGGCAAACGAGCAGACGGAUUACCUGAUGGUAAGAAAUCAGCGCCGCCCAUGGACACUCGCAACGGAGGAGUUACGAGUGCGUUGCCGACCUUUUAGGGAUUAGGGAUUGGGGAAGGGGAAGGAUUGGGCCUCCGGUAACCUCACUCACACGGUGAAACACAACGCAGUGGUUAUUUCACGCCGGUUUUCUGUGAGGCCGUGGUAUCACUCCGGUCGAGCCGACCCAUUCGUGCCGAAGCAUGGCUCUCCCACACUUUGGAAAUUAUAAAUUAAGUAUCCAAAAUACACAUUUCCAUAUUCUGCCUCGAUUUCAAUAAACUAUUUUCUGUGCCGGCACACAGUGUCAUAAUAAUUUAUGAGUAAGAUUUCAUCACAUUAAUUUAAGUAAUUUAUAAGUUUUGCUUUUGCACUUAAAUAUAUACUCGCAGGUCAACAAGGUACAAGGAAACCGGGUGUAAGUGAUGACAUGUUAUGUUAACUAUUUUCAGUAUCUUAUGCAUUGCAUUUAAAUAUUUUUUUAUAAUUUUAUUUUCCUUACCCACCGCACAACUUGAUAAACCAUCGCAAAUAGAUGUUAUAUCUUUCUAAAAUAAGAUUGCUAUAAACAUUUUAAGUUCUUACGUACAAAUUAAUACAGAAAUCAAAUUUAUUGUUAUAAUGGAUGUAUAUAAAAUAUAUUCGUAUACCUAAGUAAGUAAUAAUAUUCUCUUCCAAUAAAGUACUAAAUAUUUUUUUUAAAUAAAAUCGAAAAUUUUAAAAUAUUCAUAUAUUCAAAGAAAAUAAUGGUUCGUGUUUAAUUUUUUCUGUACAUCUUGGCCAUAUACUUACGAAGCUAUAUCUACAAUUAUAAAUAACUCCAAUAAUUUGUUUUUUAAAUUGGAGGCAAACAAACUUAUUAUGUGCACCCACCUGCCCAGUUCCAUAAUGAUAAUUUAAUUAUAUUUUUAUCGGAUUUAUUCAUAUAUUUUGUUAAAAAGUAAGGAUUUUUUUCAACAAUUUUACUGAUAAAUCUAUCUAGCUAUUUAAUCAAUCCUAUAUUGUUAGUUGAAUAGCUUGUUUACAUAUGUUCGACUUACACGUUUUUAGUUUUUAAACAAACUUUCUGUUUAAUAUGUUCGUCAAACUUUCUGUGCAAAAUGUUCGUAAUAAGUUUUAUGGUAUACUUAUUGUAGUAUAUAAAGUACCUACUAGCGACCCGCCUCAACUUUGCCCGGGUGUUAUGCUGAUAGGUACUAAAUAUCCCGACUAUUCAAUGGGUGUUAUUAUAGGUACAUAUAAACCUUCCUCUUCGUUUUGACCUGCAAAACCAUGAAAAUGACACCAAUGACGGUAGUCGAAAGUGGUACGAUUCUACGUAGGUACUGUUACAUAUUAUUAUUACAUAUAUACAUAUAGAUACUGUAAGACUAUCUAAAAUGCAAUAAUAGGCUCUAAUUAACGAUAGCUAUAAUGAGCGAUUAUUGUAAAAUAGAUCCCCAAAAAAUCCUUAGUAAAUAAAAAAAUCAAUAACUCUAUUACUUAUAACGCGUAUUACCUAUCUUAGAAGAAACAACACAAAUUACGUGGAGCACCAAGCGACAUGUCUUCGUACUCAGUCUGGAAAGCCACAUUUAAAAUAGUGCAAACACGUGUUUUAAAAUAGAUGCUAUUGUUCUUAUAACUUUCGUGAGACAUACUAAAUUAAUUAUUAUGUUGCGCCGACUAAUAGCGCGCGACAGUCGCCGCACCUAUAAACCUCUAGCAUGACUCGAAACUAGUCGAGUUUCUCGUCAACAAUUACGUGAGUAAGCCGCAAACAUAAUAAUUAAUUUAGAUGUUAUUGUAUUAUAUAAAGCUAUUAUUAAAAAGAAGUAGGUACUUAUAUAUGUUAAAAGUUUUUUAAAUUUCACAUUAUUUCACAUGGUUUGAAAUUGACUAUUGAAUUAUUAUUUUACUAUAAUAUUAAUAGUAUACAAAUUAUAAAAUGUUCAUAAAUUAAGUUUUUCCCAAGGCUUUUUACUAUUGAUUACAGUUUUUGACUAUUAGUUCGUUAUUUUAAACAUUUCCUGCUUCGAAAAUAUGACGCUUAACUAGAGUGAAAUUACGGAAACCUCUGUUGUCUAAAUAUUAUAAUGUACAAAUACUUUGUAAAUCAUCAAAGCUUCUAGAUUACCGACUUGUAACAUAAUUAAGUAGUUUAUUGAAUACCUACACGGUUUUGAAUAAUGCAGUUUUCAGCUAAAUGGAUGGCAUAAAAUUAAUAUUUUGAUUUCCAUAUUGAUCGGUGGCAUAAUAGUUAAACAAUAUUGUUGCCUCUCUUUAAAAUUUAAAAAAGAUGCCAAUUUAAGUCUUUUUACUUUUGUUUCUAAUUUAGGUACAUAAAAUGUUUCGUAGAAAACAGUUUUAACCAACUAAAUCGCAAAGUGUACCCGCCUGUCUGCACAUUAAUUAAGUAGGGUUCCAUAAUGUUUAUAUGUAUGUAUUGUUUUGUUGGUUCUGAUUGUGAGUAACUGCUAAAGACGAGAGGUCUCGGGUUCGAAUUUGGUUCAGAUAAGGGACUAUUGUUUGCGUUCUUAGGCUAAUGCUUAGUACUAUACUGUUACUGAGAAUUAAUCCUGGCAACAGUGAUUAUCCUCUUUAAAAUAUCUUCGAUAUUUACUUACGAUUAGUGACACUCCAGUCGUAUCUCUUUAGGGAAAUUGAAGCUCUUUUUUUCUUGUAUGUGAUUCUUAUUAACUUAGUUAUACCUAGGUACUUACUGAUCAAAAACGUUGUUUCACAGAAUUUGUAAGGUCGAGACAGAAAAAAGAUUUUGUAUUAAUAAAUACAUUGUUAUAAAUUCUAUUAGGUUAUACAUUAUUUGUAACUAGGUAUGCCAUCGUCGAUAAAAUCGAUAUGAAAUUCCCAUUUGAAUUAUAAAAUAAAUAAAUAAACAUAA